AUGACCAUUACGACUCCCGACCGACAGACUCUACUAGAUACGGCCACUUCCUUCUCCAAAAGCUACGACGAGUGGACAGUGGAAGGUGCCCUCCGAGUUCGAACUUCAGAUUGUAUGCACCAGCUUCAUCCGGCGUCGAUGAACCGACCUUGCAUGUCCAACCAGGACCUUGCAGCAUACCUUGCAAGUGUCAACAGGCUCUUUCAGAACUAUCGAGUUCAUGUUGCCGACAGCGAGACAGUUGUCGAUGUGGAGAAGAGGACUGUUGUUCUGCACGCCCACGGCACGGCUGACACAAUUUUGGGACCGUUCAAGAACGAGUACAUUUUUAUCUUGAAGAUGGAUGAAACUGGGGGAAAGAUCCAGAGGAUCGAUGAGUUUGUUGAUAGCUUGGCUGUUUUGGGGCUAGUGCCACGUAUAAAGGAAGAGUGGGCGAAGAACUCCAGUUGA